AUGCCUGCAGUGGAAAUUGAGCGUACCGGAGCCGGCGAUUUGGAGGGCUCUAAGAGCUAUGAUUCUCGCCCAGACGAAGAAUCCAACAUGGAUGUUGCCAAGCACAUUGAUUCUUCUCGAACUAUUCAUGGAUGGAAGUGGGUUGCCGCGUACACUGCCAUGCUGUCGACGACCUUUCUUUUCUCCCUCGACAAUACCAUUGUAGCAGACAUCCAACCCUCCAUCAUCCACUCCUUUGGCGCAAUCGAUCUCCUGCCAUGGGUGGGCACAGGCUUCGCCCUCGGAACCAUGACGAUCCUGCCUUGGGGCAAGGCCUACGGAGUCUUCAACAUCAAGCCUAUUUAUCUAGCCAACAUCCUCCUCUUCGAGGUCGGGAGUGCCUUGUGCGGGGCAGCCCCGAACAUGACUGCGCUCAUUGUCGGCCGAGUCAUCGCAGGAGUCGGCGGCUCCGGCAUGUACGCAGGCACACUGACGUACAUCUCGGUCCUCACCAAUAUGCGGGAGAGGGCUGCAUACAUGGCAGGCAGCACAGUUGUAUGGGGCGUGGGAAGUGUGCUUGGUCCCGUGGUCGGUGGUGCAUUUGCUGUGAGUUCAGCGACGUGGAGAUGGGGUUUUUACAUCAACCUCGUUGUCGGAGCCGUCUUCGCGCCUGCGUACAUUCUCCUCUUCCCUUCGGUUGAUCCGCAGAUGGGCAGAACCUUAAGAGAGAAAGCCAGAUUGAUGGACUGGCCUACUAGUUUCACCUUCGUUGGCGGAGCGGCAUGUUUGGUAUCAGCAAUAUCGUUUGGAGGUACUGUGUAUGACUGGAACUCCGCAACAUUGGUUGCGCUAUGGGUAGUGACGGGAGUACUUCUUGUGGCUACUACCCUGCUCUUGACAUUUCAUCCGGGAGUUUCAAAGGAGCACAGGCUCUAUCCUGUCCAUUUCCUCAGAAAGCCUCUUUUGAUGAAUAUGCAGCUUCAAGUCUUUCUUGCCGGUGGCAUUGUGCUGAGCAUCACUUAUUACAUCCCCUUGUUCUUCCAAUUCAUCCGGGGAGAUGGACCUCUUGAUGCUGGAGUCCGACUAUUGCCGCUCAUCGUCGGUCUGGUCGUAGUCUCUAUGGUCAAUGGGCUUCUCAUGCCGAGGUGGUCCUUCGUUGCACCCUGGUACUUCUUUGGGAGUGGUCUCGUGCUCACUGGAACAUGCCUGAUGUCAGACACUGUUCAUUAUGACACCCCCAUAGCCAAGAUAUAUGGCUACACAGUCUUGAUCGGUGUUGGAGCUGGUUGCUACAUUGUUGCCGGGUUUUCGGUGAUCCAGUCCCUUGUUCCCCCUUCUGACAUUGCGAACGCAGUCGGGGUGAUGGCGAUUGCCCAAAACCUCGGCAUGGUUCUGUUCCUAGCCAUAGCUGGAUCAGUGUACCAAAACACGGCACUAAACCGAGUGCUCGGAGUGUUGCCAGAGCGUUCACGAGCGGAGAUCACCGAGCUGAUCGCUGGAGCGAGCAGUGACGCCUUCAAACGGUUGUCAGAGAGCGAGAAGAACAUCGUCAUUCCACAGAUUACCAGCGCCAUGGGCAACGUCUGGCUCUUGUUCCUUGUGGCUGGGGCAUUGAGCUUUGUUGCGAGUCUGGGUAUCGGUGUGCAGACUUCGCCUCCGCGCUUCAGAGCAAACGAGCUCCUCUGGUCUUAA